AACGGCGGGUGUCUAGAGAGAGAGAGAUGAAAGUAUCUUCUAGAUGGCUGCGGUCGUUGCCCUUCUCCGGACUCUUCAGGCAGCUGGAGCAGGAGAUGGAAACUGUGGUGACAGUGCUGCAACCUGGUUCAUUGGGAAUUGUAGAACACAAGUUUUCUGCUGAGGAGAUACACAAGGCAAAUGCUAUGGUUCAAAAGGCAGUGCAGAACUGGCGACGGAAUGCAAUCCUAGAGAAGAGAAAUGGCAUCUUAGAAGAGUAUAUACAGAAGUGAAAGAUCUUAAUCCUUCUGUCGUAGGUAAUCGGACAAUCAAACCAUGUUUCAAGAGCAUUCGUUUCAUAAAAUUUUAAGAUAGGGCUUCUACUUGUUUUCUCAUUUCUCUCUUUUUGCUAGAACUUGUUAUAAAUAGGCAGGACUUAUGUUUUUCUCUUCAUAUCGUACAUUUUACAAUAUGAAAAAACAAAUGCUUCAU